UCUUGAUAUUACAACAUCUUCAGAACAUCUCUACAGAAAUUGUCGAAACCACAACCAUUGAAAGCAUACCUACAUCCAUGCAGACCAUCAAUUCAGGACCCGGUGGCAGCUCGACUGCCAUCAUCGAACUUCCAACGACGUCUCAUAUACGAAUGGAGGCUGAAAAAGCCACGACAACCACCCCCAACCCCAAUGCUCCCCCCUCCGCACCAUCACCAGCAUCAUCAAACGACAGCCAACCUCAAUUGCAAAAGUGGAAUUCUCCUCGAAUCAAUGUUUGGCGCUGCGCGGGGACCUUUUGGUCUUUCGCGAUCCUGGGAGCCAACGAUGCCGCGUACGGUGCCCUCAUACCCUACCUUGAGGACUGGUAUAACGUCAACUACACCGUCAUCUCGCUCGUAUUUCUGAGUCCAUUGGCGGGCUAUACGCUGUCGGCGCUCCUGAACAAUCACAUACACAUGGUAUACGGGCAGAGAGGGGUGGCUUGUAUAAUGAGCAUGUCACAUCUUUUGGGAUACGUUGCCGUCUGUCUUCAUCCUCCUUAUCCGGUGUUGGUGGUUAUAUAUAUACUCUUGGGGUUUGGAAACGGCUUGGGUGAUAGUGGUUGGAACGCUUGGAUAGGCGAUAUGGCCGACGCCAAUGAAGUUCUUGGGUUUCUUCAUGGCUUCUACGGUGUUGGCGCAGCCUUGUCUCCUCUCAUAGCCACGUCGGUCGUGACCAAAGCAGGCUGGAAAUGGUACGAGUUCUACUACAUCAUGGUAGGAGGGGCGGCGAUUGAAGUCGUACUCCUCGUCGGCACGUUCUGGAAAUCUGACGCGCGCGCCUUUCGUGCUCAACGGUCGACGGUCGGCGAGGCUCAGCCUACCGCCCAGAUCGAGUCCGCUCCGCAAUCUACGCAGGAGCAAAGUACCUUGAAGAAACUCAAUCCGUUCGGCAAGCGAGAAAAGGGCAAAAGUAGAACACUCGAGGCGGUCAAGAACAAGGCCACGAUCCUCGCAUCGGUAUUCUUGCUCGCAUAUGUCGGUGCCGAGGUCUCGAUUGGCGGCUGGAUCGUGAGCUUCAUGCUACGUGUUCGAAAUGGGUCUCCGUUCGCGUCGGGUAUGACUUCGACGGGUUUUUGGCUGGGGAUCACGGUCGGGAGGUUCGUUCUCGGAUUUGUAACAGGUCGACUGUUCAAAAACGAGAGGUGGGCGGUCACCACGUACGUCUCCUGCAGCGUGGUGCUGCAGCUGUUGUUCUGGCUCAUCCCGAACUUUUAUGUCAGCGCCGUCAUGAUCGGAUUCAUCGGCUUCUUCCUUGGGCCCAUGUUCCCGGCAGCUGUCGUGGUGCUCACCAAGCUGCUGCCGAAAAGACUCCAUGUGGCCGCCGUCGGGUUCGCGUGCGCCUUUGGAGCCAGCGGCGGCACGGUCUUACCGUUUGCUGUCGGGGCCAUCGCUAAUGCAGCCGGUGUGAAGGUGUUGCAGCCGAUAAUAUUGGCGGCGUUGGUGUUGUGUCUGGUGGUUUGGCUACUAAUACCUCGAUUACCUAAACAGAGGUUGGCGUGA